AUGGCUGAUCAAAUCGAGCCUGAGAUCGUUUUGUACGACCUGGCCUGCACCAAGAACGUGUGCUUCUCUCCUGUCGUCUGGCGCAUCAGACUGAUGCUCAACUACAAACGUAUUCCUUAUCGGACUAUCUUUCUCGAGUUCCCAGACAUUGAGCCUACGCUAAAAGGGCUGGGUCUGGCCCCCCACGACUCUGGUUCGGGAUCCAAGCACAAAUACACGGUGCCGGCUAUCCAGCAUGUGUCGACCAACACAUAUAUCAUGGACUCGCCGGCUAUCGCGGAAUUCCUCGAGUCGACCUACCCAGACCCGCCGCUGCUACUGACUUCAGAGCUGGGCCGUGAAAUCGAGACCAAAGCUCGCAGUGCAGUUGGUCCAGCAUUCGGCGCUUCAGUCAUGCCGCGCGAGAUUUACAUCCUGUCGCCUCAAGCCCAAGAGUACUUUCGUAGCACGCGUGAGGCCUCGCUUGGACGUCGACUCGAGGACUUGUUGGAUCCGAAGAAGGAGGGGCAGGCAUGGGCUGCAGUGGCAGACAAGAUGCGCGCGGUUGGUGAGUUGAUGCUGACGCACAAAGUUAAUGGACCGUUUGUACUGGGUGCUCAGCCGAGCUACACCGACUUCUUUAUUGCAGGAUCGCUUCAGUCAGCUAGGGUUGUGGAUGAGGUGGUAUUUCAACGGUGCAUUAAGUACCCCGGUUAUCACAACAUCUACGAGGCCUGUCUCCCUUAUAUGCAGAAGAAAGAUUAA